CGCUGCGCCUGCGCACUAGGGAGAGCUGCGUGGGCCGGGCGCUGUGUGCGGGCGGGGCUGGCGCUGCUCUCACCCUGGUAACAGCGGCCGCUGCGGAGCCACCCCCGGCCCGGCACCCCCGCGGCACCAUGCAGGGGGAGGACGCCAGAUACCUCAAGAGGAAGGUGAAAGGAGGUAACAUAGAUGUACACCCUUCCGAAAAGGCCCUUAUUGUUCAUUAUGAAGUGGAAGCAACCAUUCUUGGAGAAAUGGGGGACCCCAUGUUGGGGGAGCGAAAGGAGUGUCAAAAAAUUAUUCGGCUGAAGAGUCUUAAUGCAAACACAGACGUUGCUUCCCUGGCUCGAAAGGUGGUGGAGGAAUGCAAGCUCAUUCACCCCUCCAAGCUAGCGGAAGUGGAGCAGCUGCUGUACUACCUGCAGAACCGCAGAGAUUCCUCUUCCGGGAAAGAAAAGAAAGAGAAAUCUAGUAAACCGAAAGAUCCACCACCUUUUGAAGGAAUGGAGAUUGAUGAAGUAGCCAGUAUCAAUGACAUGGAUGAGUACAUUGAGUUACUAUAUGAGGAUAUUCCUGAUAAGGUGCGUGGCUCUGCCCUUAUCUUACAACUCGCCAGGAACCCUGAUAAUUUGGAAGAAUUGCUGCUCAAUGAAACUGCCCUGGGUGCAUUAGCCAGAGUGCUGAGAGAAGACUGGAAACAAAGUGUGGAACUUGCUACUAAUAUUAUUUAUAUUUUCUUUUGCUUUUCAAGUUUUUCUCAGUUUCAUGGACUAAUCACACACUACAAAAUUGGAGCUCUAUGUAUGAACAUCAUAGAUCACGAGCUGAAGAGACAUGAGCUCUGGCAGGAGGAACUCACCAAGAAGAAGAAAGCUGUUGAUGAAGAUCCUGAGAAUCAAACCCUGAAAAAGGAUUAUGAGAAAACCUAUAAAAAGUACCAGGGGCUGGUUGUCAAGCAGGAACAGCUGCUGCGAGUUGCUCUUUAUCUGCUGCUGAACCUCGCUGAGGACACACGCACAGAGCUGAAGAUGAGGAACAAGAACAUUGUCCACAUGCUAGUGAAAGCACUGGACCGAGAGAACUUUGAGCUGCUUAUUCUGGUGGUGUCUUUCCUGAAGAAACUUAGCAUUUUUAUGGAGAACAAAAAUGACAUGGUUGAAAUGGAUAUUGUGGAAAAACUGGUGAAAAUGGUACCAUGUGAGCAUGAAGACCUGCUGAAUAUCACCCUUCGACUUCUACUGAACCUCUCCUUUGACACGGGCCUGAGAAACAAGAUGGUCCAAGUUGGGCUGCUUCCCAAACUUACUGCACUUCUAGCAAAUGAAAGCUACAGACAGGUAGCAAUGUGUGUUCUGUAUCACAUAAGCAUGGACGACCGCUUUAAAUCGAUGUUUGCGUACACAGACUGUAUACCACAGUUAAUGAAGAUGCUCUUUGAGUGCCCUGAUGAACGUAUUGACCUGGAGCUCAUUUCCUUCUGCAUUAACCUUGCUGCUAACAAGAGAAAUGUGCAGCUUAUCUGUGAAGGAAACGGAUUGAAGCUGUUAAUGAAGAGAGCUCUGAAGUUCAAGGAUCCAUUGUUGAUGAAGAUGAUCAGGAACAUUUCACAACAUGAUGAGCCAACUAAAAACCUGUUUAUUGAUUAUGUUGGUGAUUUAGCAGCCCAAAUCUCUAAUGAUGAAGAGGAAGAAUUUGUGAUAGAAUGCCUGGGAACACUGGCUAAUCUGACCUUACCUGACCUAGACUGGGAGCUUGUGCUGAAAGAGUACAAACUGGUUCCAUACCUCAAGGAUAAACUAAAACCAGGUUCUGCAGAAGAUGACCUUGUCUUGGAAGUGGUGAUCAUGAUUGGAACUGUAUCUAUGGAUGACUCCUGUGCUGCUAUGCUGGCCAAAUCUGGAAUUAUUCCAGCACUCAUUGAACUUCUAAAUGCUCAGCAGGAAGAUGAUGAGUUUGUCUGCCAAAUCAUCUAUGUCUUUUACCAGAUGGUCUUCCACCAAGCCACCAGAGACGUCAUCAUCAAGGAGACCCAGGCUCCAGCAUAUCUUAUAGACCUGAUGCAUGACAAAAAUGCUGAGAUCCGCAAAGUCUGUGACAACACACUGGAUAUUAUAGCGGAAUAUGAUGAGGAGUGGGCUAAGAAGAUCCAGAGUGAGAAAUUCCGAUGGCACAACUCUCAGUGGCUGGAGAUGGUAGAGUCUCGACAGAUGGAUGAGAGUGAGCAGUACCUGUAUGGGGAUGACUGCAUUGAGCCCUACAUCCAUGAAGGGGAUAUUUUAGAAAGACCUGACCUUUAUUACAAUUCAGUUAUAUAGAUUUCCGAAGGACUAUUUGUUCAUAAGUUCAAAAAUCAAAACUUCAUUCGGUUGGAACCAGCUUAUUUAUGAAAGUUCAGUGUGAUAGUUUUAUGGAUUACCUGCUCUCUGGCCAAAGCAAAAUAGUCAUCUCUUCUCUCAACCAGUAAGAAUUCUUCAAAUCACAAACAACAUGAGUUGUUAUUGUGGUGCUGCAUCAACACCAUCCACAUAAAAUGACUACACCUACAUCAGAAUCUAAAGAAGACUCUAAAGUAACUUUCCAUGAAUUCAGUGUAUCCUCAGCUUUGAAUGUACACAUCCUUAACUUAUGUUGAAUAUAUGUAAUAACUGAUAUUGAUUAACCUGUAAUAUCAUUCUAUUCAGCUGACACUGUGUACUUUUAUUUUCCUACAAAUUCAUGCAUUUGUUGUUCAUAACUCUGAGCUUUAUGGUUUGAAUGCUAGUGUGGUUGACUGAAGAAACCUUAAGCAGUGCGUGGUUACUUCAGUAUCAAAGUUAAAAUGUAAUGCUUUUUCCAUUGAUAAGGAUGAAAAAGGUAUUUAGAUAUUUAACAAUCCUGGUUUUGAGAUAAAAGUUUGACAUAAAACUUAAUAUUUACAAUAUGAAAUUACUUAAUUUGCAUAUUUAAAAUUUGAAAAUACCUUUAGUGCAAAGAUGCUUAUGUUCCAUCUUAUUUUUUGUUUAACAAUUCAAAUAGAGAGAAAAAGAGACUUAAUAUAAGUAUUAAUACAAUUAAUUAAAUCUGUUUUCCUUUGAAAUAUUUUACUCUAUACAGUACAUUUGCCUUUUGCCUCCAUCUGAACAAGGUGAAAAGAUAGGAUUAUUUAUUUGUCAGAAUAUUUUCUUGUCAGGUUCUAUUCUCUCUCAUGCUGUACACACAUGUAUGCAAUUAACUGUACACUCUUCCACUGCAUUUUACACUUCUAAAAAUGCUGUCUGAUCACGGCUAGCAUUUUUCAUUUACAAUCUGUUAUGUUGUCUUCAAUCACUUUCCCAUACGCUAUUAUCUUCUAAAUGAAUCUCUGUAGCACCUCAUCAAAUGUCUUGUGGAAAUCUAGAUGUGUCAGCUCUAUUCCUUUUAUCAUUUGUCGCUACAUUAUCUUCAAAAAAAAAAAAUCAGGUAAAUUUGUAAUGCAAAGAGAUUUGUUUGAAUGCCUGAGCCCUGUGUCUGUAAGUAACUUUCCACUGCUUCCUGCUUAGGCAACUUUAGUAGCUUUGAAACCACAGAGGUUAAGCUAAGUGGCCUGUGAGUCCCUGGAUCUUAUCUCUUUUACUUUAAAGUGGAAUGGCAUUUGUUA